UUUCAAGCGGGCAACCAGCUGUUUAAGGCAGUCGAUAAUUUUACAAUGGCUGAACGCUGUCUCCAACUGUCGCCUCUGGGUCGCAAUGUUUGGGUUGGGGAUUUCUACAACUACUACACGGGCGCUAUUUUUUCAAGUAAGAUAGCAAUACCAGAGCAACGCAUUGAAAUUUCAUACGAAAAGCAAACGACGUCCUCUUUCUUCUGUCAGCAGCCUUUUGAAUUAAAAAAUCAAAUACUGGGUAUCAACUCGCAUGACCAGAGAUAUAUCGAUGAGAAAAGACGUGAGGGUUCCAGCGAACCGUGGUUCGUCCAUUACCUCAAUAUCAGCCCGGAGGAUGGCAACAAUGACGAGGCACAAGUCACCGCAUUUUUUCGUGUGGAACGACGAACCGAAACUCUGAAAUGUGACGCCAUGGAGUCCCAAAUGCAUGACUGUAAACUGAAGAGUGGCGGUCUAGCGACACAUUUGGUUGGAGGAGUUGUCUAUGGAGCUGAAGUGAUCUGUUCUUUUCACAGAUCCUUAGAGGGAGAAACAAAAGAGCGCGUCCAACGAAAUCUCUAUUUGUCGGCCAAAAACUAUUUUGAUCAAAUAAUUAAUCAAUCUACUAGUGAGGGUAUACCUGUCGAAUUAAGUAACGUUUCUUGUACGAUAUUCAGCAGCUUAGAUGCCGGUAAACCUGUUAAAAUGCCUUUCGAAGAAUUCAAUCAAUAUCUGCAAGAGAUUCGCAGUUCUGUUGGGGGCGAUCAUCCGAAAAACUGGAAACCUAUUCAUUUGUUUCUCUUUCGUAUUCCCGAACAAUUUGAAACUCGAAUUGAGUUGGAUCGGAAGAAAGAUUUUGAAUCCGAGAUGGCGAAGCAUAAAUCAACAUGGGCCUCUAUCGAAGAAAAAAGUCUAAGCAUAUCCAAACAUCCGUGUAUCAAUCGUUUUCCUUUACUUGGAACAGUGAUGUCUGAUUUCCAGCAAGUCCAAGCAGAUUUUCGUGAGAAAAUCGACAAGAAAAUCGAGAAAGAAGAGUACGGGAAACGUCAUACGGAAGGCGCUUUAAAACAAAUGAGAUCCAUCUCAAAGUUUCUGAAUGAUGUCAUGGAAUGGUUGGCUAAUCGGCGACAUGAAAUAGAAGAGUUUUCACGGCUGACAAGCGGCACUGAAUUGGCUACAAUAACUUUGCAUGGGAUAAAAAAUCAAAUGAAGAAAAAAGACACAAAAUUUUUCAAAGUAUUCGUCCUGAACGUCGAAUACAAAGAAGACCCUGUAAUGAAUUACAUGCGGCAAGAAAUCGGAGAUCAUACCUGGCCUGCUGAGCUUCCCGUCGUGCCAAUUUUCUCAUUUCAAAAAGGAUCCCAGUCGGUUAGAAGCAAAUUUGGGCCAUUCGAAAAAGAGGUUCAUUCAAGCAAUUUACACGGAGACACGAGCUACUACAUACUACUACUACUUGUUCCUUCGGAAAUAGACGACGGCACUAUACACAUAUUUGAUAAUGUACCUUCUAGAAUACCUACUUGUAAAAUAACAAUCGAAUCCAAUCCAAAUCAACAAGACCAUGUGGAAAACGAAGGGUCCCCUCCCGAAAGUGUCAAACAACAUGAAUCAUCACAGGAUGAUGAUUAUGUCACGCCAUCUGAGUCCUCAUCUGAUUCAGGUACCGCAGAAGACGAAAGCGAGACGCAGUUCCCCAAGAAAGCGCGAACAAAACCAUCACAAGGACAGAUGCUUACAACCACAACAAACAUCGAUACCAUAGAUCCAACAGCGACCAGUCCGGAAAAUUCACUUGCUAUUAAAUUCGAAGAAUUGUCCUUAAACGAUAAGAAAUCCUUCGCGAAGCCGACAGUGGCCGACAAACUGGCCAAGAACGGGAGCAACAGCACAAAUCUAGAACGCAGUUCCACUUCCGGAGAAUCAAAGGAUGAUGCCAAUCUUGUCGCAGCAGCGUUACUUGAUAAGAAGAAGACGUCGAGUCAACACGAUCACGAAAACGAUGCCGUCAUACACAACACAAACGAUAAACGUGACGAUGAAAUACAAGAGUCUAACGGUGAUCAAAAUAGCAAACGGCCAGUACAUGAAACGACGGACAUUAGUGAAGGUCGAAGGAUUGCUGACAUGUUUGUAGAUCAAAACGCUCAGUACAGCGAACUAAUAAGAAAAGGAUCGCCAGAUGUUUACAUGCUGAAUGCGUCGGAAAAAUCAGAUAGCGUCGACAUCAAAUGGUUCGACAUCGGCCGGCCUGGCCACACUUUGCAAUCGCCCGAUCCAAAGAAUCACAAAAUCAUCAUUUUAAUGGGUGCCACUGGAUCCGGAAAGAGUACCCUGAUCAAUGGUAUGAUCAACUACAUCUUGGGAGUCGAAUGGAAUGAUCCGUUUCGUUUCAAAUGCGUCCGUAACGAAGGGAACGGCCGGAAUCAAGCGCACAGUCAGACGAGUUCUGUGACGGCCUACACCAUCCACCACCAAGAAGGAAUGGCCGUUCCUUAUUCCAUCACCAUCAUCGACACUCCUGGCUAUGGAGACACUCGAGGAAUCGAAAGGGACAAGGAAAUCACGGCCAAAAUCCACCGUUUCUUGACUCAACAAGAAAUUCCAAUAGACGAAAUUCACGCUGCUUGUUUCGUGGCCCCUUCGGGCGAGAGUCGUCUGACGUACACUCAACGUUACAUCAUCGAAUCUGUGCUGUCCAUCUUUGGCAAAGACAUGAAGGAGAACCUUCGCUUGUUGGUGACAUUUGCUGAUAAUGCUGAUCCUCCCGUCGUAGAAGCCUGUAAAUUGGCUAAUUUCCCAUCGACGUUGGCAUCGAACGAAAUCACUUACAGCAAAUUCAACAGCGCCGUUCUUUAUUGUUCCAAUGUAAUACAAGAAAAUGAAUUUAGUUUUGACGAACUGUUCUGGGAUAUGGGUCAAGAAAAUUUUGGCAAGUUUUUCACGAUGCUGGCUGCAAUGGGCGGCCAAAACCUUACGUCCACUCGAGAAGUGAUCCAGCGUCGUCAACAACUCGGCCAAUCGCUUAAGGACAUUGAACAUGAGCUGGAAAGCUUUCUUGUUAAAAUUGAAGAAAUAGAAAUGCAUCGCCAGCAAUUGAUGACAUACGGUCACAACAUGGAGACUAACCAGAAUUUUGUCACGGAAAGUGAAGAAAUGUUUGCCGUGAAGGUCGACUGUGACCGUGGACUCAUGGCUUAUAAUUGCAUAAGUUGCAAGAAAACUUGUGAAAUGCCUGCCGUUCGCAGGAAUUUGUAUAAGAGAGCUUGUAAGGACGUGUCUUGCCGAUGUUUCGAAUCAGACCACCAAUUUCAGCCGUUUUCUUGGAUUUUGCGUCCGGCAAAAGUAAAAACGACUCGAAAUGAUAAGAAGACUAAAUUUGAACUGAACUCUAAUCAAAAAUCAGCGACCGAAGACUUGAUGGCAAAUUGUUUGGACGAUCUGGAAAUGGCUAAAGUCAAAGUGUUAAGUUUAUUGGAACACUUAGGUGCCAAUGCCAGUUCAUUGGAUUCUACAGCUCUUCGUUCAAAAUCCCUCAAUCCAGCCGAGUACCUCAGUUUGAUGAGUAGUCGCAUCUUGGAAGAACAAGCACCCAGCUACGAAAUUCGAUUACAAACAUUAACGGACCUACAAAAAAGUCUGACGUCGACAACUGACAUGGGUGGCACGUUGAAAUCCAAAUCAAUCCAUCCUGGAAGAAAUGGCCAGGAUGAAACGCCUUCACGAUCCAGUCCAGCUUUUAACACCAUGCAAUCAGGUGGACAGGUAACUGCGUCAACUAACUCAAGACGUGAGAUCAGCUAUCACACUCGGUCGUAUACGAGUGGAACCCAUCACCCUGGAACUGUGCCGAAUGCAUCCUCCAACACCCAAACGUAUAGUCCAUCUCGCGGAAGAGGCUAUGAAACAAGCCAAACAGACACUGCUGCCAUCGUCAUUUACGGUACCGAUAUCACACGGAAACAUCCGCCAGGCAGCCCUGAAGAUUAUUACCAAAAUUCAGUGAAAACGUCCAAGAAGCCAAGUUCCACGAAAGACGGAUAUUGUCACAAUCCAGAUGGAUCAAGUGACUCGGCUGCAGGCCCGCCGUCGUUAGUGCAAGAAAAUACUGAUGAGAGCGAUGAAACAAAAGUGAUUUUGCCCCACAAUCAGUUGGCAGAUGACAAAGACACCGACUCGUCACGCGAUGAAAGCGAACAACGUGGUGGAAAUAAGAUAACCCAGAAGAAAUCAAUGUGGGAUCCCCUUACUUCUGCUGUUUCAAAAUUCAAACCCAAAUGGAUGUAGCUUUAGUAAAAUAUAUUACGCGAGAUCCGUCCUGUUUCAUAACAGACAAUUUCAGAAGUGUUCCGUGAAUUUUUUUUUCUCCAAAAUGUAUUAUGGAUUUUUUUUGUAGUGCAUC